GGUGGUGCAGCCGGGCAUUCUAUAUUUCCUCAUUUUGAAUUGGGUUUCCAUUAUUUUUAAUUAGUUCUUGAGAGCUAAAUUCUAGAAUUGCGGACAAAUAUGGAGAGGACGGGAUUGACGGAAGAUGAAAUCGGGAGACUGCAGUCGGAUACUUGGGAAAGCUGCGGCGGCGAAGAUGAUCGGAAGCAGAGAGUUUGCGCCGUGUGUUUGUCGGAAUAUGCCAGAGGUCAAGAGAUUACCACUUUGCUUCCCAUUUGCUCACAUGAUUUCCAUAAAUAUUGUAUUGAGGCGUGGCUGAGGAGGAACGCCACCUGCCCUUUAUGCCGCCGUCGGGCCGCCGUCCCGCAGCGGCCGCCGCCUGCUUCUGACGUCAUGUCUUUGAUGCCGCACAAUGUAUUUCGUAGCCUGCGGGUUAAUUAGGCAGCCCCCGCCGAUUGCGUCUACUACCACAGCAGCCCAAAUUCGGACAAAUUGAAGCAAUUAAGUUCUUUUCAUUUUAAACUAUGAAAGAACGUUGACUUUUACGAAAAUGCAAUUCGUUCCAAAAAUGUUCCUUAUGUUCGUGUGUGCACCUUUUUAUGCUAACUAGUUUCGUACUUUCAUAUUCUUAUGUUCAUAUGCAGUGUGCUGUGUGCACCUUAUUAGUUCUUUAAUAAUCAUCUCUAAUGUAAUUUGGUUACUAUAGAUUAAGGAUUUUUGAUUGAUUGUAAUUUCAU